ACGCAGUCGUCCGCCGUCGACGUCGCAGGCGCCUCGUGCGCCGCCAGCGGCCAGCGGCAUUCAGCGCAUCUGCGUUCAGUGCGAGAUGAGAUCUCGUGGCUGAUGGACGUGCCCGUUUCCCACGCUCGCAGUGCAGCCUCAGCACCAGAAAAGACACUUGUGGCACUCACUCGCAGUCAGCUGCUGUUUUAGCCUCUAGUUUAGUUUUUGUUUCCAGCAACAAAAUCACACGCGGCAAUUGCAACAAAUGUGCGGCGAAAUUCGUGUUUAAAUCGCAAGCACCACGCAAGCAAGCAUCUUCUGAAAAUAUGUGAAAACUUCAAAGAUUUAAGGGUGAAUACUCCAACAACGCACAACCUCACCCGCAAAAAUCCGGCUACAACAACCACCUGACUUCAUCAACUGGCAAAUUUGCAAUAGUAUCUCUGGCAUUUAGCAGACCAGACACACAAAACCCAACCCAUCCGCCCAUCGAAAACAUAUUUCCGUUGAAUUUUCCCCAAAGAAAGCUAAACGAGUCGUUUAUAGGAAAUUACUCAGCAACCAGCGGCUAGCGACGCAAUGCAAUCAUCGACCGAUGCGGGCAAUGGUGGACCAAGAAAACACACGCAGAGCACAGCGCCCCAGAAGCAGUCCGAGAUUAGCGAGACCACCUCCUUCACCGUAAACGCAAACACCACCACCACUACCAACAGCCAGCAGCAGCAACAGAAUCCCGGCAGACCCGCCAGCAAUACGCCCAGCAAAAAUCCCUUCAAGCAGCAGUUGGACAGCAAUCAGCAGAAUGGCAAUAUGGACCAGGAUUGCGGCAUCAUGGGCGUCGGCAAGGAGCCACCGGUACCGCCGCCGCCCACCUACCAGUCGCAGUCCUACGCAGGCAGACAGGCUCCGCCGCCAGCGGAUCAGUACCGCGAGGAGGAUCCACGCGCUGCCGGGUCCUGGGCCGCCGCCAAGUCCUGGAUGGUCAGCUGGCGGGGCUCCAAUCGCCUGGUGCUCGUCAUCGUGGCCAUAGCCCUGCUCCUCGACAACAUGCUGCUGACCACAGUGGUGCCCAUCAUACCCGAGUUCCUGUACGACAUACGACAUCCGGAUGCGCCGCUCGACAGCUUUCCACGCACACCAUUAACGUCCAACGUUCCACCGCCACCGACGCCGUGUCCAUGCAACAAGGAUGGCAGCGAGGCGGCUCCGCUCGAGAUCUCCACGAUUAGUCCGGAGGAGAACGAGACCUACUACCGGGAACUGGAGGAGCGGCACAACGAGCUGGUGGGCGAGACCGUCGAGGUGGGACUACUGUUCGCCUCCAAGGCGUUUGUCCAGCUGCUGGUUAACCCAAUUGUUGGACCCCUGACUCACAGGAUUGGCUAUAGUAUUCCCAUGUUUGCUGGCUUCGUGAUAAUGUUCCUCUCGACGAUAAUUUUCGCCUUUGGACGAUCCUACCUGGUACUGUUCGUGGCGAGGGCACUGCAGGGGAUUGGAUCAUCCUGCUCCUCGGUUUCCGGAAUGGGCAUGCUGGCAGAUCGGUUUACGGACGACAAGGAGCGUGGUAAUGCCAUGGGCAUAGCACUGGGAGGAUUGGCUUUGGGCGUGCUCAUCGGUCCACCAUUCGGUGGGGUGAUGUACGAGUUUGUGGGCAAAUCGGCUCCGUUCCUGAUCCUGGCUGCCCUGGCCUUGGGCGAUGGCCUGCUGCAGUUGUUCAUGCUGCAGCCAUCGAUCCAAAAGGCCGAAACGGAACCACCCUCACUGAAGAGCCUGAUCAGUGACCCUUACAUUCUGAUUGCUGCUGGUGCCAUCACGUUCGCCAAUAUGGGCAUCGCCAUGCUGGAACCCUCGCUACCGCUGUGGAUGGUGGACAACAUGGGCGCCACUCGCUGGGAGCAGGGCGUGGCCUUCCUGCCCGCCUCCAUCAGCUACCUGAUUGGCACGAAUCUCUUCGGACCGCUGGGACACAAGAUUGGACGAUGGUUUGCCGCCUGCUUGGGAUUGAUUAUCAUCGGAGGAUGCUUGAUAUUUAUUCCCAUGGCCACUUCGAUCACUCAUCUGAUCAUACCGAAUGCAGGACUUGGCUUUGCCAUUGGAAUGGUGGACUCCUCGAUGAUGCCGGAACUGGGCUAUCUGGUGGACAUCCGACACUCGGCGGUCUACGGCAGCGUUUACGCCCUGGGUGAUGUGGCCUUCUGUGUUGGCUUCGCCGUGGGUCCGGCCUUGUCCGGAUCGCUGGUGAAGAGCAUCGGAUUCGAGUGGAUGUUGUUUGGAAUUGCCAUUCUCUGCUUCAUGUAUGCUCCACUGCUGACGCUACUCAAGAAUCCACCGACCAGCGACGAGAAGAAGUCUUUGAUCUAUGGACGCGAUCGGGCUCAGGUACGUUAUGUAACCUACCAAAACUACGAGGAAGACGAAUAAACAAACGAUUUAACUCCAACGCAAUGUUGCCAAAAGUGCAACCAAAAAUCAAAAAAAAAAAGGGUAAUAAAAUCAAGAAAAAAAAGCGAAGAUCAGAGAGUAACCGUAACCACAACCAACAAUAUCAGUAAUAUCAUAUGAAAUUCCAAUCCAAAUCGUUAUUCUUGUUCAAUGUUUUACCCAAGUUGCACUAUAGUAAUAUACCAUUGAUCAUAUCAAGAAGUAACCUCCCCCAAAAACUUUGCACAUGUUGAAGUAGAGCACAAAAAUUUGAAAAGAGAAAGUUUAGUGAAAGUAGGGCUCUGCAAUGAGCCAGAAGUUCGAUGAGACGGGUAGGAAGGAAAAAGUAAGUGAGGAUCCUAAGAACCCUACUACAUAUUGGAGGCAAUUUAGUGGCCAAAAAGGUUUGGAAACUAUCUUAAUUUAUUUUUUGGAAGUACAGAUAUAUCAUAUAUCGACUGUACGAAGAGCUUAAUGAGCUUGUGAGAGUCCUUCCUUGGAAGACUCUACUCCCAGCAGGGAAGGAUUAAUUGCCGAUCCAACAAGCAGACGCCCGCAAUUGCAAUGAUUUAAUGGAGGAAUCCCAAGGAGCGAGGAACAUAUAGAAAGUAUAGUUUGGAAUAUUAUUUUCGGAUUUAGUUUUGUUAAGAAUAUUUAAAAGUCAAAAAACAGCAAUGAUACAACUAAUUUUGGCGCUAUUCUAAUAUAGAAAAGUUAGAGGAAUAUAUGGGCAUCUUCUGGAACAGGCUAACUCUAUAUUCUAGAGAUGAUCUGUUCCAAAAAUCGCACAUAUAAUCCCCCACUUUUCCCUUAUAUUAUUAUAAACGCAUCAAACGCAGUUUAUCCGCAUACACGCUGAUGUUAACCUGACAGGAAUCUUGGCUUUCCUGGCUGCUGCUCCUUUCCGCGGGCGCUGGAGAUGAUCCCCUCAUCCUCACAUGGUUCAGACUGAAGGCUAGAUCCGUAUCCCUGGACCGAGAAGUGGUUAUCCUAAUGGGCAUAUUAUUCAGACAGGCGACGCAGGUUUGGUUUCCAUUUAGCUGCUUUUGCUCGCUAACGUGGUCAUUGGAUGAACGCCUCAUGCUGCAGUUGCUCCGACGCCCGGUCGUGGUCACUGUGACAUGGACAUUGCCAUUCGAAGUUCCCGAACUACUGCGAGCUAGAUCUCUUGGAAUGGUUGGAGUAGUUCUAGGCUGGGAAUUGGGAUCAGGGGUUGAACUACGUCUGUAGCAGCGGUUUGACCUCCGAUUUGGAAUGGAUGAACGGGAGGUGGGUGUGGACGGAGCUGCUGAAGAGGGUGAUGGGGAGCUGCUAUUCCGGGUAAGGAUCGGUGGGGGAGUAAGUGAACGGGUAGCGGACGAGACACUUCUAGAAUCCUGACUUACUCUAGUCUUUCGUCUUUCUUUCGGCCUGGUCGGAUUCUCCAAUCUCCGUGUCCUUCGGGAUGACAAAUCACAAAAGGCCAUUCCGGGCAAACGAUCAUCAGAGGUGGUUGUGUACAAGUGCGAGGUCAUUGGAACCGACGGUCGGGGAGGUAUGGGCUCUUGACUCAGUAGAUCCAUUUGCUCCCGACGAAACUGCUCCUGGAGGGCACACAGCCGCUCGUAUUCUCUGUGCCGCUGGGAUUCCCGCUCCAGUUCCCGCAGUCGCUGCCUCUCGCGCUCCACUUCCAACUCUAGGAGACGCUCCUCAUCCCGCAGACGCUCCAACUGGCGGAGCUGCUCACGAUCUCGCUCCCGCUGGCGGGCACGCACUCGCUCCUCCUGAAGCUCCCUCUCCUGCUCCAAGCGUCGCUCCUCCAACAACUGUCGAUCCCGCUCCCGUUCUCGUUGGCGCUCCGCUUCCCGUGCCUUCUCUCUCUGCCGGAGCUCCCAUUCCACACUCGUCCGAGGUUUCGUCUCGCUCACACUGAACUUGGACAGUCGCUUGUCGAUGCCAAAGGUUCCACUGGAUCUGGGCGUACAGCGCACCGGCUUGGACUUGCUCCUCACCUUAUCCGUAUUGUUCAGCAGAUAGGCAUCCGUUGCGAUCUUGAUGCUUACAUUGUUGUCCACCUCAGAUUGCGAAUCCACACUGCAGAUGUCGAUGCUGAUCCCGCAGCCGCUUCUUCUGUUCUGCAGAUGGGCGUUGGAGUCCAUGGAGAAGGUGGUGGUUGAAGUAGGAGGCACACCGCCGCCAGCUGAUCGUCGAAGAUUAGUGCUACUCUGGCACACAGUCGUGUUGCUUGGACCCCGUCUCAUAGCCUCGUAGCGCACACUUUGACAGCAUGUCCUGAGGAGCGGGGAAUCCGUGGCAGUGGGUGAACGUCUCGUCUGCGGAGCCACCGGUACACUCUGUCUCCCCGGCGUUGUCACCGUAGAUCCCAAGGGCAUAUCCAUAGAUUCCAGCAGUAGCCGACGCCUAUAGGAGCUAGUUUGAGGACUCUUUUUUGCCGGAAUGUACUCGGGAUCCUGGCUGAAUCUGGGAUUGUGGUAGAAGGUCUGGAAGGAGGACUUCUUCGCCAGUGCCGGCGGAGUCGGUGGCGUAGGUCUUUGAUAGUUCUGGACCGGAUAAAAUGGCUUGUCGGCAUAGCGAAAGUUGUAUGAGUGAAUUUUGAAGGGAUCUCCAAUGAAGACGUCACUCGCCUGGCGGCGCGAAGGAUCUGGGACAAAAGAAGGCCCUGGGAAUUAGUUUUGACAGUGCUUUGAACAUGGAACAGCAACUCACUCGGUAUACGAUUCAUUUGGAGCUGAUAAUUUUGAGUUUUCCAAGGUAUGCGAGUUCGAAAUUAGCGUGCCAAUCAUAUAAAUAGGAUUUUUUUUAGAAAAUAUUCAAAUGAGUCCAAAUAAAUAAUUUUUUUUUCAUAGGUCUAGAACCGAAAACCCAGGUAACUUUGGUUUUCGGUCCUGUCUAUAUGAUUCUCGCUACUGAAAUCCAUUAAAACUUUUUGGCAAUACGGCGUAGAAAUUGGACGGAAUUAAUGGGCAAUUACUCCACAACGGAGGCCCGCCUUCCUUAAGUAAAUCAAUUUCAUAUUUCAAGUUGUUAAAGUUAAAUAAAGUAUCUAUAUAAUCAUUGAAUCUUGUAAAAUUGUUGCCCACAUUAGCACACACACAAGUUAUCUGACGAAAAAAGGGAAUAUUUGAUAGGCUUUUUGGUGCCAAAUGGUACGUGGAAUAUAAACACCAUUCCAUAGAAACUGAAAAUAUAUAUAGGGUAUAUAAGCGUUCACAAUUUUGAAUAGAAGUCUUAUUUUAUAUUUUAGUUUGCACUUAUCUAGUGAGAAAUAAAGUCGCUAAAUUGGGUGUUCUACAAAAUUUAGACAUAUAUAAUUAUAUGAUUAUAACUUCAAUUCUUCCCACCCAAAGUUUCGGAUCUUAGCCCAUAAGUAUUACCGACUUUGUUUCAUCACUUCAACAGAUCGUAUUGGAUCGUAAGGAUAUUGCCGCAAGGCACUUGAAUGGCUGCAAGUGUCCUUAAGCGUUGUGAUCACCAUGUAAAAUCCGCUUUAAAACUAAUGCCACUCUUUAUUGGGCCAUGAAAAUCAUUAUUUUGAACGCAUAUAGCCCGAAACAAUUCUAAUCGAAGGUAUUGUAAAGUAAACUAUAGCUCUGUAAUGGUCGAAAAUGGUUCAAGAAAGCCGACAAAAUGUAGUUAAUCGCAGGUAUACAAUGAGGUUAUAUUGACAAACUGUAUAUACGAAUAGCUGAAAUACUUGCUGAUUAUCAUCGUUGUUCUAUUGUUGUGAAAGAUGAAUUACUCAACUAUAAUAAUACCCUAGAUCCAUUCAUAGCACACCAGAAAUUCUACGCUGUGUUCGUUAUGACCUUUCACGCUUUGAAGAAUUGCCGAAUUCAAUCAUGCAACACGCGUUUAACAACUAAGGUACACUCUUCAAUGAUUGCAUAUUACGACAACCUAAGAAAAUAGACAUUGUACAGGGUAUGCAAAUCCGUACGUACAUAUACGAUAUUUAGCAAAUGGUUUUGUUCGGUUUUCAUAAAGUUGUUGUGUAAGUUUAUGCUUUAGCCCCCCUUCUGGGGGCCCAGCAUUCAAUAUAAACGUGUGAAUUAGACAAUAUAGCUUCUAACUGAAUAGUUCAGCAUACUCUCAAUACAUAUAUAUUAUGCGUAAUCAAGUCGUUAUUGUUGCCUAACUAUGUUCAAAUGUUGCAUAAGUGUUACGUAACUAACAAUUCAAACAAAAAGCUGGUAUGGGGUCAAACAAACAAACAAUGCUAAUGCAACUAACCAAAGCGUUUUGUGCACAGUAUUCAAAUAUUCAAAACUAUCCUUAAAUCGAUAUACUAAACGUUUACUGUAUGUAUUUGCUAGCUAAGAUAACCGCACACACAUCUCUCUCUUCAAAAAGUUCGUAUUCGAAUGACCGCAAAUAAAACCUAUAGUUUAGCGCGAGCAUAUUAGUCAAAACAGUGUAUGAAAAAUAUGUAUAACAGGGCAUAUAUUAAUUAGCAUAAAACAAGCUACUAACCACGUAUAUGUACUAUAGUCCUUUAACGAUUAUCACAUUUUUACUCAAACUUACAUACAUACAUAUGUACUCAUGUCAUGCCAUGCCAUGUUUAUAGGGUGAGAACCGGGAGAAACCAGAACACAAACAUACUUAUAUGCUAUUUAUACAGACCAAUGAUGACCAAGUAGAAUAUAUAACUAUACUUAAAAUGAAACUACAUAUAUACGAAACUAAAUACCUACUAUCAAUACAAUCAACUAAUAUAUGCAUUACCUAUACUGUAGUCAUUCGACAUGUGUUUAUUUCAUAGAGAUAUUGCUAACUAAGCUGAUACCGAUAUUGUGAAAAACCAAAUUAAAUUGCGUUGAGUUUAAUAUACUCGCCCAUCAAUAAAUUUGAAACAAUGCAAAUGCAAAUGCAAAAUACAAAUAUGUAACUGAAGUUGUUGGUGAAUAAACAAGCUACAAAACAA